AUGCUAGAGACUGAUUAUCAAAAAACCAGUAUUUAUACAGGUAAUGAACAUCAGCAUCGUUACUUGAAAAAAUCUGCCGUCCCAUCAGUGUUUGCAUGGACUACGAAAGCUAUUUCGCAGGAAGGUCACGCUCGAGAGGAGCGAUUAUUAGCACGUAAUAUUAAAAAGGCGCUUUUUGAGCAGGCGCACACUUCUGCAUCCAUAUCCAGACUUAAAUUUUGCUGA